AUGAAGUUCGCAAACACUGCUGCUAUCCUGGUCCUCAGCCCCAUGGUGGUCGCUGCGCCGCUGUCUUCAGCUGAGAAGCGCAACCCUGAGGCUGCCAAGCAGUACUUCCACUUGGCUGGCGACGUCCUUGACAAGCGCAACCCUGAGGCUGCCAAGCAGUACUUCCACUUGGCUGCCGACGUGCUUGACAAGCGCAACCCUGAGGCUGCCAAGCAGUACUUCCACUUGGCUGGCAACGUCCUUGACAAGCGCAACCCUGAGGCUGCCAAGCAGUACUUUCACUUAGCUGGCGACGUCCUCGACAAGCGCAACUCUGAGGCUGCCAAGCAAUACUUCCACUUAGCUGGCGAUGUGCUUGACAAGCGUGAGCCUGAGCCUGAGGCUGCUAAGCAGUACUUCCACUUGGCUGGCGACGUCCUUGACAAGCGCGCUGAGACCGCUAAAUGA